AUGGCAGACCCUCCAUCUCUAAGGGAAAAUUCUACCAAAUACUACAAACCAAAAGAUCAUUCCCCAAAAGAGAAGGGUUUUUCCUUCUUUGCCUUUAUCAUCUCUCUUGUUAUCUACAUCUUUGUCUUCUAUAUCUUCAACCUCUCCCUAACCACUCUCUUAAACAACUACAUCUUUUGGUAUUUUCUGUCCAACAAUCUCAUCCUUAUCAUAGCCUUAGACUAUAGAGUAUUCUCUUCAUCCAAAAAGAAACAACAUCCUUAUUAUGAUCAAUACCACGCCUCUUCAUAUUAUCAAGUUCAUAAAAAAUAUAUCAACCCCAAGCAAGAGAUAGGAGAAGAAAUGCCACAGGUGGUCAACCCAUAUAUCAUCAAUGAGAACAUCAAGGUUUCCCAACGACCACGACGACAACAACUACAAAGUCUUCUCCCAUUAGUUAUCGAGGUUCCCCAAUACGUAGUUAAAAAUGGACCAGAGAAACCUAGUGAAGAAUUCUCCACUGUGCAAAAGGCAUUACUUCCAUCGGAGCAACCUGUCCCUGCCAUAAUAAGUCACUGCCGAAGUAAAUCUAAAAGAGCACCUAGAAAUGAUAUGAACAUGAAGAGGUCAGCAACAUUAAUGAAGAUAGAAGAAAAAGUAGAUGAAGAGAAUGACUUUAAUAGUAUGACAAUUGAGGAGCUUAAUUGGAGAUUUGAGGAGUUUAUUAAGAAAUUCAAUAGGCAGGUUAGGCUUGAGGCAAAUAGAGAUGUCUUGCAAAUAGCUGAUUAA